UGUUGCUGCUGCUGCUUUCGGAGAAUCGCCGAGGUACAACGCCCGACCGCCUGACCUUUUUUUUUUUGUUUAUGCCAAGAUGAACAUGGUCGAAUUGUUCGGCGAGGAUUCCGAUGGAGGCCAGGGUUCUCGCGAUUCUGGUUCCCGAUCGAGUUCCUCUUCUUCUUCGUCUUCCUCCUCCACCGCUACUUCGUCGUCGUCUUCCUCCAGCGGAAGCGGCGGCGGCGGCGGCGGCGGCGGAGGAAGUAGUGGAGAAGGCGGAGAUUCCAGUAGCGUGAGUGUGAGUGCGAGCAGUGGAAGAAGACCCGAUGGGAAUGAUGGAGGCGGAGGCGAAGAAGAGGUGGAUGAAGAAGUAGAGAGCCAUGGCAAUAACGCUGGUAAUAUCUAUGGUCAGGGCUUCUAUGAGGACGGGAAUGAAGAGGAGGAAGAAGAGAAGGAUCUCUUUGGCUCUGACAAUGAAGUUUACUGGAAUACACCUGCGACGAGCCCAUACCCUAUUCCUGUGUUACCACCGGCCAUACGCAAUAAUCAGCAUCAAGGAGGUAGAGGAGGCUUUGGGCGUGGCCGUGGAAUUCUUCCUCGACCUGGACCUUAUCCUCCUAGACAGGGCUAUGGUUAUGGUUACGGCUUGAGAUUUGCAAAUGGGAAUCGCGAUGAUCGGUUUGUGUCCGAGUUAAAACUUAACAAAAGCACAGAAACUUUGUCCAGAAAAGCUACCGUCUUCCAGGAGCCAUGCGAAAUUGCUAGUUAUAGUCGAGCAGAAGGUGGGGAAGUCUACUUUGAUGAGCGGAGCUUGAGACUUUUUAACCGGUCCAUCCCCGACCACAUUGGAGCUGAUUUGAAUCAAGGGUUUGAUUCUUUCACCGAAAAAAUAGAACAGGGUUCUCGGGAAUUUGGUGACCUACUAGCUUGUACAAGAGCGAAAAACCUUCCUCUGGGAAACAUUCAUUUUGUGACAUUUGCUGACUGCCUGAAGAAGAUAAUGGCUACUGCUUAUAUCCGGCAUGAGCCAUGGGAAAUGGGGGUGCAUAAGCGGAAUGGUGUGGUUUAUGUGGAAGAGCAUAAACUACCAGAGCGACCACAGAGUGAAUUGGACCGCCGCAUACGUUACUGGGGGUAUUGCUUUGAGGCCCUAGCUGUGGAAGACCCAGGAAGAGCUGAUGGUCAAGAAAUAAGCCAUGUUGAUGCCAAUCUCGAAUAUUGUGCUGUUAUCAAAACUAAAUUGGGUGCUCAUCGUAUUCUUAUGGGGGUGCAAAUGGAUUGUUGUGACUCAACUGAUGAAGGCAGGAGAUUUUAUGUUGACCUUAAAACCGCUCGUCAGUUGGAGCAUCGGACAGUGGAAAGAUUUGAGAGAGAAGAGCUGCUAAAAUAUUGGAUUCAUGCAUUUCUAACCGGGAUUCCCUAUAUUGUUGUCGGAUAUAGGGAUGACAGAGGUGUUCUGGUCGAUACAGAAAGAUUAAGGACAAAAGACAUAACGCAGAGAGUGAAAAUGAACAACUAUUGGCAGGGAGGUGUUUGUCUGGCAUUUGCGGACGAGGUCUUAUGUUGGCUUUAUGGAACAGUCAAAGAAAAUCAAGAUUACAUCCUGCAGUUCACUUCACCGUUCAUGCGUCUGGAACUCCUUCAAGCUCAGUCUUGCCCUGAAGUCAUCACCAGCCAUGUCGCCCAACUGUAACACUCAACAAAGCAGUGUUCAAAGGUUGGCAGAAAAAAAACAUUAGGUAUACAUAUAUUUUACUUUACAAUAAGAUCAAGAUUCAUUAGUUUCUUGAUACCCCCUCUCUCGGGAUCCACCGAAAACAUUAGGAAAAAAAAACAUGAUUUUUAUGUCCACAAAUAAUCUACCUUCCCCUGUUGCUCCCUUGGUUUAAGAAAAGAGGAGGAGGUUGUGAUUUCAUUAUGAAGGGGGUAAGGUCAUUGUUUCCAGUUUUGAGCUUCUGGGAAAAUUUUCUUGACCUAAUCUCUCUCUGUGUUGUAACCUUGGUACUAUAAUACUAGAGUAGGGAGAGAGAGGAUAUAUGAUCUUUUCUACAUGUGCUAAACUUGUAAAAGUAUAAUGGGCAUUGCAGUUUACAUGGUUUCCUUUA